GCGCCACAGAGCUGGUUGCCUCAUUCACAGAGAGGAUAGUUAUGGGGAGGACAGGUGGAAGAGACGACUUUGAAUGGGUCUACAAUGACCAGCCGCACACUUCAAGAAGAAAAGAAAUUCUGGCCAAAUAUCCAGAGAUCAAGUCUCUGAUGGGUCCAGAUCCCCAGCUGAAGUGGGUGGUGUCAGGCAUGGUCGUAACCCAGCUCCUGGCCUGCUACCUAGUCCGCGACCUCUCCUGGAAGUGGAUCUUCUUCUGGGCUUACGCCUUCGGAGGCUGCAUCAACCACUCCCUGACUCUGGCGAUCCACGACAUCUCUCACAACGUGGCAUUUGGCAACAAGCUGGCCAAGUGGAACCGCUGGUUUGCUAUGUGGGCCAACCUGCCCAUCGGGCUGCCUUACUCUGCCUCCUUUAAGAAGUACCACAUCGACCACCAUCGGUAUCUGGGUGGCGACCAGCUGGAUGUUGACAUCCCCACAGACAUUGAGGGAUGGUUCUUCUGCACCCCGGCCAGGAAGGUUGUCUGGCUCUUCCUCCAGCCCUUCUUCUAUGCCCUUCGCCCAUUGGUGGUCAACCCAAAGCCAGUGGGUCAGAUGGAGAUCCAGAAUGCAGUUGUUCAGUUCACAGUGAACUUAAUUAUCUACUAUCUGUGGGGACUGAAGCCCAUUGUUUACCUAAUUGCAGGCUCUAUCCUGUGUAUGGGACUGCAUCCUAUCUCUGGACAUUUCAUAGCUGAGCACUACAUGUUCCUGAAGGGACACGAGACAUAUUCGUACUAUGGACCGCUGAACUUGAUAACCUUCAACGUUGGGUAUCACAUGGAGCACCAUGACUUCCCGAGCAUACCUGGCAGUAAACUACCUCAGGUCAAGGAAAUCGCAGCAGAGUAUUACGACUGCUUGCCUCAACACACUUCCUGGACCCGAGUAUUAUGGGACUUUGUGUUUGACGACAGCAUCGGCCCCUAUGCCAGAAUCAAACGGAAAUACAAGCUAAGCAAGCAGGAAUAGAUCUGUGACUGAUUAUGUUUAUCUUUAAACAGGAAUGUUAAUUUCAGUUGUUCAAAAUCUAUGGACCACAAUGAAAUAUCAUUCUAUAUUCUAGUUUAAUGGUGUUUUUUUUCCCCCUGUAGUGUGUAUCGUUGUCACUGUCAGUAAAGCAUAUUGGACAUUCUUCACUUGGAUCAGUCAGGAAAUGGGAAUUCAGACAUAAGCUAGAUGGGCUGUCAUUCUGACGUAGUGAGAACAUUUCCUGUAUUCAGAGGGCAAAAUGUUGACGAAAGCUAAUAUUUUCUUAACUGCAGUUGGAGGCAAAACAUAAUAGUAUUCAACAGAAAAAUGACUCGUGGGAUAAUGGUCGCAUGCAUUCUCAUUAGAUACAACAGAGAUGUCACUGGCUCUGUGGUUUCCUUUCCCACCUUAUAAGCAUCACGUCAGGCUUCUUAAGAAUUUCUGAAUGUGAGUGGAGGCUCACAAAGCCUCUCAGAUUACCUAACACAAUUUCACAUCUAUCAUGCAGAGCAGCGCUAGGGUGCAAAAUGAGCACUGAAAUGUACCUUGUAGCAAGAAGAGUCUGUGAUGUCCCGUUCUGCUUGUUUGCAGCUGCUGUGCUGUAAAAAAAUAUGGCUUGAUUGCAUUUGCAGGGAGUGGACAAAAUAACAGAAACAGCUUAUAAUGCAAAAAAGUACUUCUUUCGAAAAUUCCAGUUUUCAGUGGGAGUCUCAUAAUGUUUUUCUUUUUUUUUUGCUGCUGAAUUAAGUCAGUGGUCAUUUUUCAUGUUGCUCAGAAAAUAUCCCAUACAGUCUCUUUCAGUCAGUGUUAGUGAGAGUCUUACUGUGACCACUGGUCCUCUGUGCUCAUACAUCUUUCCCAAAUUUGGCCUCUUUGCACUUUCGAGAUCAGCACGUCAUUUCUGGGUGGUCAUGAGUCCGGCACACCAACAAUUCAGGCAGAAGCUCAGAAUCACCCCUGUGCCAAUUUUACAAAUGACAUAUUGAGUUUUCAUGUUGUCAGUAUUCAAGGCAACAUACGUGAAAAUAGGCCAAAUAUUCACUGCAGCUGCUCCCAGAGCCAAAAUACAAACUGAUGUGUAACAAGGUCAAGACAAAUAAAGGUGUUGACGUAGGCCAACAAAAGAAAACAGCAUGAGCACUGACUUUCACUCAGUGGAAGUUUUUUACCAACAGCAAACCAACACUUCUGAAUAAGAACAUACACUUUAUCAAGUCAGACUUCACUGCAGAGAUGCUGCUGUUAUUGUUGUUGUUGAUGAUGGUGUUUCUCUUAUUUUGUCCCACCCACUCUACUGUAUGUGUUGUGAUUAAGAAGCAUGUUAUUUGUUUCUAUUUAAAAGACUGUACUACAUAUAAAAACAGUAAAAUAUCUUUAUAAGAAGAAACUACCAUAAAGAAUAUGAGUUAGUGCUUGAUUUGCCAUUUCCUGGUUUGCUCCUGGUCUGUGGUAACCACACAUGACCUUUUUCUUUUAUUUUAACAUGAUUAAAAUAUACCGUGAAGGAGAAAACCAUAUAAACAUGUACCAAAACAGAAGGGAGAACGAACACACACACACACACACACACACACACACACACACACACACACACACACACACACACACACACACACACACACACACACAGCAGGAUAUUGUGUAGAUGGCUGACACAGUCUAUUGUUUUUGUUUGAAUGAAUUUACUUCCAGCUUUUAAAUCAGAACGUAGUUGAGAGCGGACAGAGUGGAUAGAAUGCAACAACCGAUAUUCAGCCAAAUCCUUCCCGCAAAGACACAUUUAGCUACCAUCACGUAGGCCUACCAUUCACUUUCUGCACAUUCUUAUCUAGGUAAGAUUUGCAUAUUGCCAGAGCAACCCCCUUAAUUAUUUUCACAUCGCUACCAUUAUCAAGUUCAACAUCUCAUAUAUAGAAACGGGAAUCUUCAUGGAAACAAACCACUAUAAUAAAUGUACCACCGUUUGUAUUUUUUUAAUUUUUUUUUUCAAACCAAAUAAAAAAACUAAUUCAUAGAGAUGGGGGGUUUCAUGCAUACUUGGGAGGUUCACAAAGCAUAGGAUGACUAAUAGAUAGUACUACAUUGUUUUAUAUCUAGGUAAAACCAGGUGGCACAUUUACAGUUAUCGGCCUGUUUUGUGAAUGAUCCCCAAGUUUUAAUGAUCUCACACAUUUGAACAGGUAGAGAGAAACGUGUACCUCAGUCACACUGGAGCUGUAGAGCAGACUGUUACUGAGUGUUAUUGGAUUAACUGCCAAAAUAAUCCAUCGCUCGUUCUUAAUGUGUUAUGCCUUGGAUGAGGAGGUCAUUGAAGUGGCUAAUUGUGGUUCAAACAUUAACAUGUUUUCCAACAUCUCUGGAGAGAAAAGGUUAGACACACAACACCAGUAUGAACAAGGUCAUAAAAAGCCAUUUUUUUUUGUUGUUGUUGUUAAAUACUCCAGUUGAGGGCAGGUGAGUCUGCAGCACCAUUCUACCCAUAUUGUGCUUGUUAUCUUUAAAUACUUAGGGAUAAACUAAACAAAAAGAAAAAGAAAAUAUAAAAGGCUGACAUAAAUGGUGUGCAAGAUUCCUUUUUCCUUCUAUAAUAUCAAUAAAAUACUCAUUGUCAUCAACAGCAUCAUCAUUAUCACCACAGUUUUUAAAUAAUAAAACAGUAAAAACUUAGAAAACAAAAAUAUUUUCUUCUUAAGACUUGGACUGAACAGAGAACAAAGAGUUGCAACACUGGGCUGACUGAGUCUAUAGGUGCACAGAGAGGACCACAACACCAAACUCAGCACGAAUGUCCGUCCAUCCCUCAAUUCAUCUUCUAGUAUACUUUUCAUCCUCUGUUUGAGUUCAUCAGUCCUUCAACACUUUCUUUAUCCAUCCGUCUCUUUCCUCUGUCCCUAUCUCAUUAACCCCCUUUCUCUCUUCUUCUCUGUUUCUUUCUUCCAUUUUCGCCGUCCAGCAGGCUCAAAUGUUGGCACAACAUCUCUGCAACGUGCAUCGAGGCGUCGCGAGGUCACAGAAACGUUGAGAGAACAUUCGCUGGUCCUCGUGUCUGUGCAUCUGCAUGUCCAUCCUCCUCCAGCUCCUCCUCUCGCUCUCCCCCUUCUGUUGCUCAGAUGAGAUUAUGAUGUACUGAUUCUGCCGAUUUCUUGUCUGAUGGCUGCAAGAGAAGAAUGCGGCAGUUUAGAGAGCAACAAGGCUUUGCACUCGCCAGUCGUUAAUCAAAUGUGGGGAAAACCUGGAAUUGCAAUGAAUUAUUAAUGUCGUAAACAAGCUUUUUCACGUUCGCAUUUCACUCAAAAUGGUAACAUUUAACUGCCAGUGAGAUGUAGUCACUAAUGUGUACAAAAGAUUAAACAUGCUUUGUGCCUCAGGAUACUGCAGUGAACUUCACAAGCAUUGCUUACCAUUAAUGAUUUCAUCUUUCACCUUAUGCAACUCACGUACAACUUCAUCCAAAAUUUCCUGCAA